UUGUUUCAGGCUCAAUAUGAAAAGAAGUACUGGAAAGGCAUGAAAGAAAAUAAGACUCCCAAGGACGUUGUUAAAGAGAAAGAAGAAAAAGUUAAACCGCCAAAGAAAAUCAAAGAAGCAACAACUGAGCCUGAAAAGGUUGCAAAGAAAACAAAGUACCAGCCAGAGAGAGAGGAUAAAAAAUCUGAGAUGAAAGAGCCCGUGGCAGUUCCCGUGAUUCAAGAAGAAGAGAUAAACAAAGUUGAACCUGUUGAAGCUGCUAAAGAGACCGUACGAAAAGAAAAUGGAGAUGCAAAUGAAUUACAAAUGGAACCCUUGGGUGAAACAAAGAACGCAGAGAAAAAGAAACCUGUAGAAACUUGCACAUCUAAUACUGACUGUCAACCAGGGUUUUGCUGUCAGAGCAAGAAGGGAAAACAACUAAACUGUAACAAGAUUCAGUUAGGCUUAGGCCAGCGAUGCCGAGAGUCCUGUAUGUGUAAAGAAGGCCUAGUAUGUCAUUUCGAACAAUCGUCUGGUGGAAAGGAAAAGCCCGGGAAAAACGACAAAGCCCCACUGGGAGUCUGUAAGCCACCAGAAGUAGUCGGUCUUCCAUGAAACACUCAUGUGAUUUGUGUAACAUGUUACAGUUAAAUAAUUACAUGUUUUUAAGUAAGAUUGCACAUUUUCAUGAACCUAUAGACUCGCACUUAAUUAUGUAUUUUUUAAGUUAAUUUUAUGGAGAAAUUUUAAUGUGUCUCAAAAUCUAUGGUUUAGAAAUGGCGCUGCUAUAGAUAAAAACGUAAGAUAAUGUAUCUUUGUUGUCUGUCAUUUUACUUAACGUAUCACUGAAUUUUUAUUUUCAAUAUUAUCUCAAAGUUAGUGUAAAGUGCGUAUUUUCACCAAUCUCGAAAAAUGUGAAAAGUUUAAUUAAUUUUAACGACAUGGAUAAUUACACAAUUAAAAACAAACAAAAAAAAACAGUGGUGGCGUGGUGAAAUUUCCACAAUACAACAAUAUUUUAAAAGCUAUGAAAAAAAUCUGUAGUCAAUGUUUCGGCCAAAAGACAUGAUGGAUGUUGAGAAAGCUUUAUAUUGCCAAACUCUUAACCACAUUUUUUAAAAGUGGUUUU